CCGCCACUGAGGUCGGACGUGUGUUCACUGCUGCAACAUCCUUCAAGUGUACUUCAUACUGACACCGUGACUUUGAAGUGUUUUGAACUUUUUUUUUUGGAUUUAAACAUCCGUUCCACAAGCUGAUGUCAUCGUAAUAUGUGACUCAAAUCGAAGAAAUGGAGGAGGAAAGUGCUCUUAGUGCAAACGAAGUCCGCGAGACACCACUAACCGAGACGGAGUCUUCGAUAACCCAGAUCAUUCCCGAAAAAGAAUCAAAACUCACCUCCGCUGAAAAUCAGACGGACGUCAGCUUGUGUGUUACCAAUAAAGACGAGAGCGGGGUCGUGCUAGACGGUUUCGAGGACAGUAAAAAUGUGACGGUCGAGUCUAUAAUAGACAAUGACGCGUGUGAAGUGAUCGACGACGCGAGGUCACUGGGCGACAUGGACAGCCUGCCCGCCGGCGACGAGUUGGCGCUGGGCGCGGCCGGUAGCGACAGCGGUGUAGAGGGCUGCGGCCGCGCGCUAAGCAGUGGCGGCGGCUCGCGUUCCUGCGCCUCUAGCGUCGUAUCCUGCGGUUCCGGCUGCGGCUCCGAGAGCUCCUCGUUGGCGGGAGCACCGCUGCGCACGCGCCGCCGCGUCAAUGUCACCGUCAUCGAGGCCAAAAAGAGCUCUCCCGUCGGAUCCUCCACGCCCCGCCCGACCACGGCACCGCGGGGGCCCAACCUAGCGACCCGUGAGCGCGCGAGGAGUAGAGAAAAACCAACGCCGCCCGAGAAGCCGCGGCCGCUCACACCGAAGCCUCGAAUGCGGCCCACCGCCGACCUUCCUAAUCUAGUCCGGGAGAGCCCCGCCCUGCGAGCCAAGCCCACGAAGACUUCCACGGCAAGAUGUCGGACGCCGAGUUCUCCGAGCGAUGAAAAGAAAUGGCCGGCCAACGGUCCGAGAUUGACGCCCGUCUCGGAUUCUUCGGGCGCGACAAGAGUGGCGGCGGACAAGUACGGCACGUUGCCGCGUAGGCGUAGGGAUGCAGACACGGAGAGCUCGCCCAAGCACGACAGCACGCCGCCCACCUCCCGCCGGCCUACUGUCGCUCGCUCUGCCUCCUCGCGUUCCACACUUAGGACGAGGGUGCGGAUCUACGCCGAGAAAAACUGCCAGACUGUUCUACUAGGAAACGAUAUCGAGUCGGCGUUAGCAGGGAUCAUUCCUAACAUUGAAAGCCGUAUCGAGGUGUCGCGCUGCCACCGCGGUGUGCAAGCGAGCGGGCGUGACGCCGAGCUUUGCCGGCUGAGCGCGGCUGCGGCGGCAGCAGAGGCGAGUGCGGCGGAAGAGCGCGAGCGCCGACAACACGCCGAGGCGCAGCUGGCGGCCGAGCGCGCCGCACGCCUCUCCGCCAUCGCAGAGCUGGAGCGGAACUCACAGCGCCUGCUCGAACUCGCCGGAGCUGGUGCGGGCGCGGGUGCUGACGGUUGCCUGCGCGCACUGGAGGAGCAGCUGCGGUCGGCGAGCGAGCUGGCGGCCCGGCAGCGCGCGGAGAUCGACGCGCUCCGGGACCACUGCAACAAACUCCAUGCGGAGGCGCUGAGCGGUCGCGAAGCGGCACGACUAGCAGAGGCUCGGCUGGCGGAGGCGGAGCGCGAGGCGGCCGAGAUGCAGGACUUCCUGGCCGCGGAGACCGGCGCGCUCAGCGACUCGCUGCGGGAGGCCGACGCAGAGCUCGUCCGCCUCAGCACUGAUCUCGAGCGCAGACGUGCGGAGUGCCGGCAGCUGGUGCGCAUGUGCGAGCAGCGGCGGCAGGAGGCGCUGGCGGCGGCGGCGCGCGCGCGCAGCGGGGGCGGGGCCGCGCCCGCACUGGACGCGCUCGCCCGCCGCCUGCGCGCGCUCACAGACGCCGUGCUGCGCGCAUACGCUCUGCCCCGCGACGCCUCGCUGCCCACUGUGUACCAUAACGACGCCUACAACAGCCACAGUGACAGCGGGGAGCAGUUAUCACCGGACGAGGAGGCGCGCGGUGGUCUGCUGGGGGCGAUAGUGCGCGCGCUGCGUGCCGCCCCCGCUGCCGCCACGCCCACCGCCCACACCGGCCCCGCGGCCCCCGCAGCCCCCGCAGCCCCCGCGACGCACGACGACGACCGCUCGCGCAUCUCCGACGACAACGACAACUCCGCGGAUCUGCUCGACUCAGAGACGGAGCCAUGUCUCGUCACUGAUCCAGAGUGCUUGGAGGAGUGGUGGUCGGGUGCGGAGGGUGCGGAGGGUGCGGAGGCGGGAGAGGGUGGCGAGUACGCCGGCGCCUGGAGCGGGGAGGAGCUCUCCCCGGAGAGGGAGUCCUGUGCAGACGACAGGGAGAGUGCAGAGGUGGUGGAGGGCGAGUCUGCAUCAGCGUCAGAGCGGGAGUCGCUGCGCACGUUGUCGGCGGCGAUCGCGCAGAGACAGAGGUCGGAGGCGGAGGCGCAGGAGGCGGAGCGCGGCUCGCUGCUGGAGCGCGUGCUGGCGCUGGACGCGCGUCUCUCAGACCUGCUGCGCGCGCUGCGUCAUGCAGCCGCCGCCGCCGCCCGCCAUGAUGACACACCCGCCGCUGCGCUCGCGCACGCACUUAGAGAGAAGAUCGACGUGACGGAGAAGAACGUGGCGGACGUGGUGGUGAAGAAGCUGGCCGAGCUGGACGCCAGCCGCCACAUGAUGGAGCAGUACCGACACAACGUCGAAAUGCUAAAAAAGCAGCUGGCACAGUCCGGUGAAGAGGAAGAAAUUAAUUAUAUUGAGGAGGAGUUAGCCGGUUGCGGGGAAAAUGAGCGCCGUCAGCGGUACGAAGCGCUGGAUGCAGCACUGGGCGCGUUGUCCGCGGUAGACGGGUGGCCGCGUCUUGCAGCGCUGCAGCGUCGCCUCGAGCGCCUCGCAUUCGCUCUCGCCGCGCCGCCGCCUCACCCGCACUCCGCCUAGCCGGUCACAGGUCAUUCACCUCGCGCCCGCACGCACACCUCACAGCUGACAGUAGUUUCAUAACCUCAAACUAUAUAUCAUCGUCAUAUUUGUACAUGAAACAAAAACUUGAACUUUAAUCUAGUUAAAGUUAAUGUGGGAAAAAAGUGCAUAAAACUAUUUUUAAUCAAAAACAAAACUUUUUGAUUGAAUUAUGGGCUACUUAAGUUUAAGUCCACUUAACUUAAGUCUACUUAAGUUUUCGUUUUGGGGGACCGCUAGUUAUAAAUAAAUAUGACUUAAUAUGAUGUGUAUUAAAGCAUAUGCGAUGGAAUUGAAAAUAACAGUAAAUGUGUUUACGUCCCGCAAUAUUCCGAUACCGAGUCAUCCUAUAGCAUAAGCUAAAUAUUAUUGAUAAUUGCCUAAAUAUGUGUUAAUUAUUGAAGAUGAAAUUAUUAAAUGUAAGCCAAUAAGUUAAGUUAAUCUCGGUCGUGUUGCCAACAUAUUUUAAGAAAUAUUUGUCGAUGAAUGUUGCCAUACGUGUUAUUUAUUUCAUUUCUACAUAAUUGGUAGACAAAUCAAAUUGGGUUUGGUUUA